UCCAACUGUCAAUUUCCCCAUUGAGUCACAAGAUCAGUAAAGUCAGAGAAGUGGUACUAGUGCUAGGUAGAGUGUCUUUUCCCCGAAUCAGUGCCUUUUGACGUAGUCCUCCACCGCGGAAAUGUCGGACGAAGUAGCAGAAAACGGCCACUCUGAGGGCGACGUGCCCGAAAUUGAGCUCAUUAUUCGCGCAUCAACGAUAGAUGGCCGUCGCAAAGGGGCUUGUCUCUUCUGCCAGGAAUACUUUAUGGAACUCUACCUCCUGGCCGAAUUGAAAACAAUAAGUCUGAAAGUGACAACAGUGGAUAUGCAAAAACCGCCACCCGACUUCCGCACCAACUUCGAAGCGACUCCACCUCCGAUUUUAAUCGACCGCGGAAUGGCGAUCCUCGAAAACGAAAAAAUCGAAAGACACAUCAUGAAGAGCGUCCCCGGGGGCCAUAAUUUAUUCGUUCAAGACAAGGAAGUGGCGACUCUGAUCGAGAACCUCUACACCAAGUUCAAAAUGUACGUAACUAAAUUCGAAUCGGCCGAUACGAAAGAGGCGAGUCAGCCGCUCCUCUCGCAUUUGGAAAGAAUCAACGAUUUCUUAGCGAAGAGAGGGACGAGGUUUUUGACCGGCGAUACUAUGAGUUGUUUCGAUUGCGAAUUGAUGCCGAGACUUCAACAUAUCCGGAUUGGGGCGAAAGCCUUCCGGAAGUUCGAAAUUCCGACCAGAUUUACGGCGCUUUGGACCUACAUGGCCAACAUGUACGAAUUGGAGGCCUUUAGACAGAGUUGUCCCGCCGAUCAAGACAUCAUUAGUCAUAUUAAGAACCAACUGGGGCUCAGGACAACGGCGAGGAUAGAACUGGAGACACCAAUAUUCACCACUUCCAUUCCCAUUGUUGCGGAGACAUAAAUCGAGGAGACUUGACAAGGGGGCGAUUUAGUACAAAAUUAUCACCGCUUGGUGUCGCCCCCAGUUUUAUAAAUUUUUUGCUAAAAAAUAAACAGCGAAACGUUUUUUCGGCUUUUUCUUGUUGAGCAGUAUUGUUGCAAAAUUUUGAGCUGGACUUAAAUUUUUAAAUCAGCAUUAUUUUUAAGUUUUAUAAAGUUACUUAAACAAUGUUAGUUUUGUUUAUCAUUUGUAUCAAUUAGUUAAGUAUGAAUCAUAAUUAUGUUACAAUGUAUUUUUACGUAAUAAAGGUAACUGUGAACGUAAA